AUGUGUCUCACUGCUACUAUGGAUGUUUUGUGUUGUACAGGAAUGGCUUGUUGUAAGUCAUUAUGCUGUUGUUGCAAGAUUUGUUGUGGUUCAACUUUUAAAGAAUAGAUUAAGUUGGCUUACAUAUUACUAAAUUAUACCACAAUCUUUGUUACGAUGAUAUUUUGCUUUUUUUUAUAAGGUUUGUUUGAUAACUAUCUAUCUUUCAUCUCCUGUCCCUCAGAUGAUAGUUCAUCAUGUUUAGGAGUGUCAAGCAUAUAUAGGAUUUGUUUUGUGUUGAUGUGGAUGUACAUAUUUUUAAUGAUCUUAAUGCUGAUUAGAGGAGAAAUAGCCAAAGUGGCAAACGAGGGAUUAUGGCCCCUCAAAUUUUUAUAUAUUGCAGUUUUCUUCUUUGGAACUCUGUUUAUAAAAAAUUCUUUUUUUAAAGGAUAUGUGUAUUUUGCAAUUGUAAUAAGUGGAUUCUUUAUGAUUUUUUAAAUAAUCAUGUUGAUUGAUGUGUUUUAUCUGUGGGGUCAAAGUUGGAUUCGUAUAUAUGAUAACGGAGGAGAAUACAUGAAGUACAUCUUAAUCAUCACAACUGCUAUUCUAUAUGGAGGAGCAUUUACAUUGAACAUCUUUAACUUUAUAUGGUUCUCUGGAUGUGGAACAAACAUUUUUAUGAACGUCUUUACAAUUCUUUUAAUUGUUGGAGCUACUGGUGUUUAAUUAUUAGGAUGGAAUCCAUAAGGAUCCUUGCUUACAUCAGGAGCCAUGGCUAUCUAUAUAGUGUUUCAAGCAUAUUAAGCUUAAUCCUCUUGGCCUGAUACUGAAUGCAAUUCAUUAUCCAAAUCAGAAGGAACCAGAAUAGUAGAAAUAGUGGUAGGCAUAUUAUUAACUGUUGUCUCUCUCUUGUAUUUAACCUUUGGAACAUCAAAUUCAUCUGCAACUAAUAUUGUUUAACUAGAAUCUAAAGAUGAGAAACUCGAAAAUCAAUAAAGAGAAGCCAAUUAAGCUGAAGGCAAUUAAGAUGAGGAAUAAUAAUUAUUGCAAUAAUAAUAAAAACUAGAAGAAGCCAAAGCCUUAGUAAAAUAAGCUGAAAUGUUGCCUUACACGACAAACCAAUAUCUAAUCUUUCAUACUAUUAUGUUUAUAACUAUUAUUUAUAUGAUGAUUUUGCUAACAAACUGGACAUAUUAACCAAAUAAACUGGCUUAUUGGGUCAAAAUGAUCACUUCUUGGUUAGCUGCCUUACUCUAUAUUUGGACAUUGAUUGCACCACAUAUCUUCCCUGAUAGAGAUUUCAGUUGA